CAGCACUGUUUCUCCACUUGUGAGAAUGAAGAUGUGGCUCCUUAUAAUUGUGGCAUGUUUGAUCCAAGGAAUUGUAAGUUCAGAAGCAUUUGUCAGAAGAAGAAGAAAUGUGGAUCCUGAAGCAUCUAUGAAUAUUAGUGAAAUUGUUACCUACAGAGGCUAUCCCAGUGAGGAGCAUGAAGUGGUGACUGAAGAUGGAUAUAUCCUUAGCAUUAACCGAAUUCCUCAUGGGAAGAAAAGCUAUGGGACGAAGAAGGGUCCCAAACCUGCUGUUUUUCUGCAGCAUGGUUUGCUUGCAGAUGGUAGUAACUGGAUCACAAAUUUGGACAACAACAGCCUGGGCUUUAUGCUGGCAGAUGCUGGCUUUGAUGUUUGGAUGGGAAACAGCAGGGGGAACACUUGGUCCAGAAAGCAUAAACACUAUACAGUGAAGCAAGAAGAAUUCUGGGUUUUCAGUUUUGAUGAAAUGGCUAAAUACGACCUUCCUGCCGCUAUAAACUUUAUUGUGAAUAAAACUGGACAGGAGAAAAUCUAUUACAUUGGCCAUUCACAGGGUACCACUAUAGCUUUCAUCGCAUUUUCAACUAUGCCAGAGCUAGCUAAAAAAAUAAAAAUGUUUUUUGCAUUGGCACCUGUAGCCACAGUCAAGUUCUCCACUAGCCCUCUGACAAAACUUGGAGUGCUUCCAGAGCUGCUGCUCAAGGAUAUGUUUGGAAAGAAGCAAUUCCUUCCCCAGAAUUCAUUGCUGAAGUGGCUUGCCACUCAUGUUUGUACCCACCGAUUACUUGAUGACCUUUGUGGCAAUUUCUUCUUUCUUAUAUGUGGCUUUGAUGAGAAAAACUUAAACAUGAGCCGAGUCGACGUGUAUUCAACACAUUGCCCUGCUGGGACAUCUGUACAAAACAUGAUCCAUUGGAGCCAGGCUGUUAAAUCUGGGGAACUCAAAGCUUAUGACUGGGGAAGCAAGGCUGAAAAUUUGGUUCACUAUAACCAGUCUACCCCUCCAUUCUACAAAGUAAAAGAUAUGACCGUGCCAACUGCAGUGUGGACUGGUGGACAUGACUGGCUUGCAGACUGGAAGGAUAUUGGCAUGUUGCUCACUCAAGUCACUAAUCUGGUUUACCACAAACACAUUCCUGAAUGGGAACAUCUGGAUUUCAUCUGGGGUCUCGACGCACCUCAUCGCAUGUAUAAAGAAAUCAUUAAAGAGAUGAGCACAUAUCUGUAAAGCUGCCUGGGCGGUGUGGGGUUAAAAUCUUGCUAAAUGCCUCUCUUGGAAUGUGUGGAGUUGUCUUGGAAAUAGCACCACAUCUUUAUUUAUAAUGCCUUUAAAAAUGCCAAUAAUGGCUACUGGUUUGGAUUAAUGUCUAUUUUUGAUGUAAACAGUGUUAUUUCUUUCACCCUUACAUUCCCUUUGCUAUCCUGCUGGCUUCAUGCAAUGUGGUAAUACUGUCAGAAAACAGUAAUGUGCCUUUGCCUAGAGGAAAUAAUUUUUAAAUCCAUGUAGAUUUAUUGAUAUGUUUAAAAGACAAAUUAACCCACUUUGCAUCUCAGGAGCCUGAAAGUUCAAAAGAUAAGCAUUUGCCCCUGAAUAAAAUAUUAACAUUGAUUUGAAAAUCAAAUACAGUUGAACCUCAGAGUUACGAACACUUGGGAUUGGAGGUUGUUCGUAACUUUGAAAUGUUUAUAACUCUUAACAAAACAUUAUGGUGGUUCUUUCAAAAGUUUAUAACUGAACAUUGACUUAAUACAGCUUUGAAACUUUACUAUGCAGAUGAAAAAUGUUUCUUUCCCUUUAUUGUUUAGUAGUUUAACACAGUACUGUACUGUAUUUGCUUUAUUUUUUUUUGGCCUCUGCUGCUCCCUGAUUGUGUACUUCCAGUUCCAAAUGAGGGGUGUGGUUGACUGGUCUGUUCAUAACUCUUAGGUUCUACUGUAGAUCUUUCCAAACAUGUUAGUGGUGCUCUUGCUAAUACAGUGACAGUUUAAAACUGGCAGCACAGGAACCAAAGAUACCUAGCUAUUUUCUCUUGUGCUUUAAUCAUAAGUUAGCCAUAUUUUUAAGAACUAAAUGCCCAGUUUACUUUCUUCCUAAUGUUACUCCAAGAAGAAUCCUGCUGACACUGCAUGUUUUCAGCACCAAUUGGAGUCUCACAUUCUGGGUCUGAUUCACUGUUGCAUUAUUCUGGACUUCAGUGCAACUCCACUGAUGUAAAAUUACACUCAGGCCCUUUAUGUCUAAAAUACAAAGUACUGAUGAGAAUUAUUACUUGCAAAUUGCUGGGAGAAGCAAACAGCUUAAAAGAAAACAAUGUGUUCUGUAUCUGUUACUUGUUAUGAAUUGCAGUGAAAAAGGUGGAAGAUGUAUAUAAUUUAUUUUUGCUCUGAUAACCACUGGAAAACAAGGCUCAAAUACGUAGUACUGGCAGAGGAGGGGCCAGAGGUAACAAUUAUGUAAUUCAAGUAUACUGUGCCUACACUUUCACCAGAACUCUGUCCAUAAUCAGCCGCUUCACUGAAGAGCUUGGAGAUCACAGGAUAUCUGUGGCAGAGCAGGAAUUAAACCCAAGGUCUCCAGAGUCCCAUUUUGUAAUCCUAACCACAAAGCCAUCCUUUCUCCUUUGGCUUCCUCCUCUAUUUGAUAUAGAUAGUAUUAGAUGUUAAACUCUUGGUGGAGAAUUCUUUGUAAAUAAACUAGAAAAAA